ACCUUGCUCUUGCUGUUCAGAUCUUAUGCUCUUACAUUUAAACUGUCUUUGAUUUUUAAGAGAAAGAAACACGAAAAAAACAUCAGAUUGAUUCAUUCUAAUUUGAUUCAUCUUCUCCGACUAAUUUAAUUCACUUUCUCUCUCGAGAACAGAGGUAAGUGUUUCCGGCGAAGGAAGUGUCGUUGAACACCAUGAAUUGACCAUUUAGUGGUACUCUCCCGGAGAGAUCGUUGAAAGAGAGAUCUAGCGUUGUUAGACUUGACAUGUUUCCGAUUCCGGUUGGGAUUGAACCGGUUAGUUGAUUACCGGAGAGAUUAAGUAUACCGAGGUUAAUCACGUUGUUGAUCUCUUUAGGUAUCUCUCCGUUGAUUCGGUUACGGCUGAGAUCUACGGAGAUUAAAGUAGUGCAGCGUGAGAUUGAAUCUGGGAUAACGCCGGUGAUGUUGUUCGCAAUCGUGUUGAUCUUCGAUAGAUGCUUCAAUUCGAAGAUCUCUCUCGGGAUACUGCCGCGGAAUCGGUUCCGAUCUAAGAACAGAGUCUGUAAAUUAGGGAAAUGAUAGCCGGAGGAAUCUCGCCGGUGAACCAGUUGUUAGAGAGGUAAAUCUGGUCGGCAACAGCUCCGGACAUCGUCAUCGGAAGUUCACCGGCUCCGCCGCACCCUACACUUCACAUCGACUCUUCGACAGAGAAAUCCAAGCAUUUCUAGCGUUCCUAAUGUUUUCCGCUAUCAAGGUUUGUGUUCUUCUUCUGUAUACCAUCAGACUAUUUCAUUCGUUUGUUUGUUCUCUUAUAAUGGGCAUUUUUGGUGAGGCUCGCGGGAUGUAUAUUGAAGUCAUUAUUGAAGAUAAGUUCGUUAAGUCGGUGAUACAAGGUUUGCUAGCCGGUAUUGCGCUGAAGCUUUUCUUGAUCUUUCUGCCAUCCAUACUGAUGACCAUGUCCAAGUUUGAAGGCUUUACGUCAAUUUCAUCCUUGUAAAGACGAUCAGCGUCAAGAUAUUACAUUUUUAACUUAGUGAAUGUCUUUCUUGCAAAUGUUAUCGCUGGAGCUGCGUUUGAGCAGCUCAACUCUUUCCUCAAUCAAUCACCAAAUCAAAUCCCUAAGAGGCUAAGACAGUUGGCAUGGCGAUACCGAUGAAAGCAACAUUCUUUAUAACAUAUAUAAUGAUUGAUGGUUGGGCAGGAGUUGCAGGAGAGAUUCUCAUGCUUAAACCUCUCAUUAUAUUCCACCUCAAAAACGCAUUCUUGGUGAAAACAGAGAAAGACAGAGAGGAAGCAAUGGACCCGGGAAGCAUCGGUUUCAACACGGGAGAGCCUUAGAUACAGCUUUACUUCCUUCUUGGUCUUGUCUACGCUCCCGUGACACCAAUGCUUCUUCAUUAUAUCUUAGUCUUCUUCGGUCUUGCUUACAUCGUGUACCGCCAUCAGAUAAUAAAUGUGUAUAACCAAGAGUACGAGAGCGCUGCUGCGUUUUGGCCAGAUGUUCAUGGACGGGUUAUAUCGGCAUUGAUUAUAUCUCAGUUGCUUCUGAUGGAUUUGUUGGCUACAAAACGUGCCGCUUUAGCUGCACCGUUUCUCAUUGCUCUUCCAGUGAUUACUAUUGGUUUCCACCGCUUCAGUAAAGGCCGUUAUGAACCCGCCUUUAUCCGUUACCCUUUAGAGGAAGCUAUGAUGAAAGAUACAUUGGAAAGAGCAAGAGAGCCGAAUCUGAACUUGAAAGGCUACUUGCAAGACGCUUAUAUUCAUCCGGUUUUCAAAGGCGGUGACGACGACGAUGACAGUGACGUGGUCGGGAAAUUGGAGGAUGAAGUCAUCAUAGUGCCAACGAAACGCCAAUUGCGGAGGAACACUCCGGCACCAAGCAGAGUUAGCGGUGAAUCUUCUCCAUCUUUGGCCGUUAUUAACGGUAAAGAAGUCUAGUUUUUAACCGGUUACAGUAAAAAAGCAGCAUACGACCAAAAAAGUUUGAAUAUAGUUCGUGUAUGUGUGUACUUUAUUAUGUACAUAGAGAGAGAGGUUUGUGUUUUUUUUUUGCUUAGACGUUGUUGUUAAUGUGUUUCUUCUAUUGUCCAAGUAUUCAAGUGUCGGGGUCUUUACUUCAGUAUAUUUUCAACCAUUCAUUUUCUUGUUUA